AUGACUUUCUAUCUGAAUCCGCCAUCUGGAAAUAUUUCUUUACACAACUUAGAAAAAUUUGCACGCACAAGACUGGAUUUUCUUCUCAAAAUUUAUAGUUGUGGUGGAGAUAAGUUAAAACUACAGGAUACGGUAACCGAUUUCCUUAUUGUAAAGGAAUCGGAUUGUCUAAUUGACGGUAGCACCAAGGACGUAGUGUCUCACUUCAUCCUCAGGUUGAUUCUGUGCCAGGACAAAGAUACUAAAGAAUUUUUAAUGAAAGCUGAAAGUCAACUCUUCACAUUUAGGUUUCAGUGCAUGUCUGAAGAUGAAUUGACUAAAUCACUAAAAAGAACGGACUCUCAUCUCAAAAAAGCACAAUACAAUGAAUUCAUUCCAUCCAUUCAUGAAUUUGAAAAACUUCAGCACAUCAGAGAAAUUUUUAAGAUGAUAACUAGUACAGAACAAAGAUGGAGAUCGAUUGUAAAAAAAUAUUUGUCUGGAGAUAAUAAAGAAGGAUUUCAGAUCCCGUUUUUCAUUGUUCCUGGACUGGUAGCGAAGCGACGAGUAGAACUAGAAAAUGGACUGGCCUUUGUACCAUUCUGUAAACUGAUGGAUGUGAUCUCCCAUCUAUGGUAUCAACUGCUGGUUUGGGGAGUAGACAGAGCCUGUCGUGUCCAAACCAACUUUUUACAGGACAAAAGGAUACGAAUGUUAACAAGAAAUGUACAGGCCAUGUUCAGGAAACGUCAUGGUACAUUUGAAGGUGGUCCUCUAAAGGAAGCAUACCUGUCACAUGAUCAUGUAUCAGAGGUCAUGACCUUCUACCCUCCAUGUAUGUUACAUGUCCAUCACCUCCUAACAACAAGACACAGACUUCAACACCAUGCCCGAAUACAAUACACUCUCUUCCUGAAAGAAAUCGGAAUGCCAGUUCAUGAAGCCUUGAUGUUUUGGAGGAAAGAAUACUCCAAUCCUGUAGAAUCUGUCAAUGGCUGUUUGCAUGGUUGGCAGCAAGAUAGUAGACGGUACACAUACAACAUCCGUCAUCUGUAUGGAUUGGAAGGGGCCUGUAUCAACUACAGAGGCCACUGUUGUAAAACAUUACAGAAUUCUACCUCCGGUGUUGGGGAUCAAGGUGGAUGCCCUUUCAAGUGUUUUGACACAGAUCACUUACAUAAUCUGCUCCAAAGGGAAGAAAUUCAUCAUUCAAGGGAGACAAUUCUAAAACUUUCGUCAGAAGGAAAAUACUCUGAAGCCUGCAGGUGUCUGUUUGUUGAAAAAACUAAGAGGCUUGCUCAGAAAUGUGAAGUCCAGGACAGGGAACAACCAACUGCAACUCUAUCAGGCUUUAGGGAAGAUGAUGUGAUAAUGGACAAAGGUCAUAAGGUCACAGACAAUACUACUUCAUCACAGACUUUUGACCAUGGAGCUUCAGACAUUCAUAUUAUCAAAGAUGAUCCAGAAGAGUCUAUUGUAUAUUCCUACACAAAUGUUAAGGAAAUGACUCAUAGACACUUUCACUCUGAUACAAACUGUAACUCAUGUUCUGACACAGUAUAUACAGGUACCGACUCGUACAAGACAAAAACAGUGUCAGAUGCUGGUGUGGUAAAAGUUGACAGCUUACCUGUCUGUACAAAGUCAGGAAAGAGCUGCUCCACUUUACAAAAAAAUGGGGACGGGAUUGAGGAUAGGCCAAAUCAGGACAAUGAUAUACAGAAACCUUCUCAGUAUUACUUUAGCCUAAGAAGAUUAGUGGAAGGUUUAAAAGAAUUUGAAAACAAAAGUAUA